CCAUCAGUACAUAACUAUGUGUCGAUACUAUAGCACAUUUGCUAACACUGUACUUUUUUAUAUAUAUAAAAUAUUUAUAUACAUCUAGGCAGGCCACUGUGCGUUAUAGUCGACUAAUGUAUCACACUGCAGCAGGCUGGAUCGAAAGAACACAUUCAAAAUGUUAACAUUAUACCUCGUGAUACUACUGGUGAUUGGUAUAUAUUUACUGAUAUAUGUCAAGGGAUAUCGUACCCGAAAACUGUUCGCCGGCCUGCCAACGUACCCGCGGUUGCCUCUCCUUGGUAAUGUCCACUGGUUCCUUGGUGGAGGUCGAAUAAUAUUUCAGCGAUUAAAAGAAAUAUCGGAAAUUGCCGAUCAAAAGAAUCUGCCAUUCGCACUUUGGAUGGGAUAUUUGCCUCUUUUGAUAAUAAGCGAUCCCGAGGAUGUGAAGACUGUAACAAACACGUUUAUUGAGAAACCAUAUUACUACAACUUCGGGCGGAUAUGGCUCGGGAACGGACUCAUCACUGCACCUGCUGCAAUAUGGAAACACAACAUCAAGAAUAUAGGCAGCGCUUUCAACGCAACCGUUGUGGACAGUUACCAGCCAGUGUUCGAUGCGCAAGCGCACAAUUUGGUACAGCAACUGAAAGGUGAAGUGGGACGCAAGCCCUUCGACAUAAUGAAGAAAUACAUUGCCUUUAUAACUCUUGAGGCGAUAUGUCAAACAGCUCUUGGCGUGUCCCAAAUAUCGGAGAGCAUUAUCACAACGGAGUACUAUAAUGCCUUCAACAACUGCAUGGAACUGUUACUCAGUCGGGGUCUGAAUAUACUCCAGCACCCAAAUAUCGUAUAUCGCCUCACGCCCUCUUAUAAACAGAUAACGAAAUCCGUCGCAAUUCUUCACAAUGUCUCAGAGAUGGUGAUGACAAAAAGAACUAUAGAGCGAGAAAAAAUGAAGAACAAUAAUGCUUUAGAGGCAAACAAAAGUGUAAGUCCAAAGUUCAAGGCAUUCCUCGACAUACUUCUGGACCUUCGAAGUAUAGACCCGACGCUCACCCACCAGCAGAUCAAGUCCGAAGUGGACACCAUCAUCGUGGCCGGUCAGGAGACGGUCGCGACCACAUUAUUUUAUAUUUUCCUAAUGAUCGGAUGCAAGCCACAAGUCCAGGAGAAAUUAUAUAACGAAAUGCAUUCAAUAUUUGGCGAUAGCACGAGGCCCGUUGUCAAAGAAGAUUUGGACCGAAUGAUAUAUUGUGAAGCUGUUAUAUAUGAAACACUAAGGAUGUAUCCCCCGGUUCCCGGCGUUAUGCGCUAUGCAGACAGAGAUCUCCAACUCAAAAAUUGCACAGUGCCCAAAGGAACGUGUUGUUGUAUUAACACGUGGGGCGCGGGGCGGUCGAAACGUGUGUGGGGUCCAGAUGCAGAAGAAUAUAGACCAGAGAGAUGGCUGGAAGAGAAGGCACCGGGACAUCCAGCCGCCUUCCUCGCCUUCAGCUACGGACGAAGAGCAUGUAUAGGUAAGAAAUAUGCCAUGGCAAUAAUGAAGACAAUCAUGGCGCACUGCGUGAGGGAGUUGGUGCUGGUCUCGCAGGCGGACAAGCUCGAGCUCAGAAUAGACCUCGCUCUGAGGCCUGCCUCCGGGCAUCUCAUACAAGUUAAGACAAGGCAGUAACCUGUAUAGUGAAACAGUAGAACGUGGCUUCUGGCAACAAUAUGGUAAUAUGCAUAGUUAGUUAAUAUCAAUCAAUAAAAUACAUAGAGGGCUA